GUUCAUUGGCCAACCCUCGAAACCAACUGAAAAUUUACCUAUUUCAAUAGCCCUGCAGCCCCCAUUUUGCCAUAUCUCGCAUUCACCUCUUUGCUUCUUAUCAGAUAUCUGUGUAGGAGUUGUGCUUCUGGUGGGAUCUGAAAAUGAGCAGUCCUAUGGAAAUUGAUGGCAUCAAGGGAAGGGUGAAAGAAGAACCAGUGGAGUCAUGUGGAUCGUUGAUCUCUGAUGCACAAAGCAAAUCACCAAAUUUUAGCGUGAAAAUGAAAGAGGAAGAUAAAGAAGAGAAUAGAGGAGGCUAUGGAUUUGUUAAUGCCUUGCAUGCUAUAGUAAAGGAAGAUAUGGAUGAUCGGAUUGUUGAAGGGAGAAAAAAGAUCGGGGCUGUUGUAACUAAAGAACUUGAUGGUAGGAGAUACAUGGGCAAUGUUGUAGCUUUUGAUGCCCUUAACAAUUCUUUCAAGGUGGAGUAUGAUGAUGGAAACUUUGAGGACGUGAAUAACGAUCAAAUUGUAAACGUUCCUGUUCUUGCUAAUUAUGUUUAUGAAUCAUACACCAAUAGAACCCCUGGGAACGUGAAUAAGAACCAAAUUGAUCGAAGGGUUACCCCUCCUCUUCUUACUAAUUAUCUCUAUGAUUCAGACACUGGGGAUAACAAGGGGAAGGAGAAGACAAGCACAUCGGAAAACAAAUCUGCAGGCGAAGAAGCAAAGUCGAGAAAGAGGGGAAGAUCAUCUUCGAAUCCGACCGACUAUGUUCCAUUGGCAUUUAGAGAGAAGAAGAGAGAUUGCUACUACUGGUACUAAUAGUAGCAGUGCUUAAAUUACUCCAAACAAAAAAUGGGAAAUUCAAUCUUAAUUAAUUUCCUGUAAACA